AAUUUUUAAUUUUUAUAAAAAUUAAUAAAAUAUAAGAAAGAGAUUUGAGCCGUUAGAUUAUGAGUCCAGGAUAAACCGAAUGUAAUUCAAGUGUAUACAUUAUACAAUGUAAUUCUAUCCUGAAUGUGUUAAUAAAAGGAAAAGUCCAACUGAAGGUUGGUAUAUUCCCAGCUCUCCUGAAUCCCGAUCUUGUGUUGACUUGCAUCAAUGGAGGUAAUGCUUGAAUCAAUGGGUGCUUUCGCCAAAGAAGCCAUUGAUCGAAGCCUCACUGAGAUGCGGACAAUCUUCAAAAAGAAGGCCUCAGAUGAUAGCCAAAUCGAGAUCCUUGACAAGAUCGCUGAUGAGAUAAACAAUAGCGAUGUGAAAGCCCAGGUUAUUUUGAAGCAAAAGCUUGACAACAUGGUGAUGGAUAUGGAGAACUUGGACACCGAAACCUCCAACUAUGCCUCCAAGUCGAAACUCCCUUUCUUCUCCAGAAUCGGUUCUUCUAAGAAACGCCUCAACGUGGCUCAAAGAGAUGAGAAAGUCAUGGAGAACCUGGAACGCGUUGCAGACAAGGUAAAAUAUUUGAACGUGGAGAGGAAAGAAGCGGUGGGUGAAUCUGGGGAAGAUUUGGAACUGGUUGGGAGAGAAAAGGAAAAGGAGGAAAUUAUAGAUCAGCUCAUGUUGCUGAGCAGGAGCAGAAACAAUAAUGGGGCCAGUUGUGUCCCUGUGAUCGCAAUUUCAGGUCUUGGAGGAAUAGGAAAGACAAAACUUGCUCGCUACGUGUGCCAGGAACAACAUCUUGGCUUGCCUGCUUGGGUUAUUGGUACCGAAUAUAACACUCUCUUUGAUGCAGGCAGCAUCGCAAGAUUGGUCAUACGGUCAGUGGUACCGGCAACAGCUACUAUACCAUCUCCCACGACAAAGACUCUCAACAUACUUGUAGUUCUGGAUGAUUGGAGAGUUGAGAUUGACGACAAAGAUGUGAAGGAGUUGCAGGAGAAGGUAAAGGAGCAUUGGAAAGUUGAGCUUAAAGGCAUAGAUCAGAAGGCGUUGCAGAAGGAGUUAAAGGAGGAUAAGAGAGUUGAGAUUGGAGACCAAGAUCUGAAGGCGUUGCUGGACAAGUUAAAGGAGGUUCGUCCACGUGUUAGGGCUAUCAUGAUAACUACACGUAGCUGUUUUGUAGCUAUGGCUAGGAAUAUUGCUGCUAGCCCGGUUAAGUCAUAUGCUUUGCCGGGACUUGAUGAAAAGGAAAGUGUGUCUUUGUUCAGGAAAAGUGUGUCUCGUUUUGAGAAAAAUCAUGGACUAGGUGAUGAUGAUUCAAGCAUUACGAAGGUUGUGGCCCAGUGUAGAGGCGUCCCUCUAGCCAUAAUUACCAUGGCAAAAUGGUUUGACUCUUUUCGGUCUCAAUUGACUGGAUUGACGGAGGAACUAAUAUACUCCUAUUACGACCAGGGGCUUCCCCACUCUUGCUUUGCUUAUUGUUCAUUGUUUCCUCAAGGUUACUUGUUUGAUACUGAGAGAUUAAUUCAUCUCUGGAUGGCGGAAGGGUUUCUGAAACUCCAACCUUCAGAUCCUUCAACGAGCUUUGAAUCAGACCCAGAAGAAAUUGGUCGCAAGUGCUUGAGGGACUUGGUUGGGAGAUCUAUAUUCCAAGACGUGAAGGUAGACGAGUUUGGCCAAGUGAUAAGCUGCAGAAUGCACCCGCUAAUGCAUGACAUGGCCAGAUUUGUUGCUGGCAGGGAGAACAUCACCGUGGAUCCAAAAGGGCACAAGGUUCACCGCAAAGUCCUGCGAGCCUCGUUUGAUUUGAGCUUAGACUUUUCGCGUGGAAUUCCACCUCCCCUUUUUGACAAGGCAAAAUCCCUGAGAAGCAUUUUUUUCUUCGCCAACACACAGUCUCGACUUCCUAUGCAGCUGGAUCUGAGUACGUUGGUUCUUGAAAACAUCUUCAAGAGCUUCAAGAGGUUGUGUGUGUUGGAUCUCCGUGACUUGGGGAUCGUGGCGCUGCCGAGCUCUAUUGGCGACCUAAAGGACUUGCAGUAUCUGGAUCUGUCCCAGAAUAAUAUGGAGAAGCUCCCUAGUUCCAUCGUCAAGCUUUCCAAUUUGGAGACAUUGAAACUGUCUCGUUGUUACUCGCUCAAAGAAUUGCCAAAGGACUUCAAGAAUCUAAUUCAACUCAAGCAUCUUGACAUGGAAGGAUGCCUUGGUCUCACUUGCAUGCCUCCCAAAAUGAGCAAGCUCCAAAAACUAGAGACAUUGUCCACUUUUGUGAUUGGCAAGAACGACCACACGGCAAGCCUUGAGGAACUCGAAAGGCUCAACGAAUUGAGAGGGCAAUUGGAGAUUUUCUAUAUGAGCUAUGAAAGUGAGGAAACUAGAUACUGGGGCCCUAAACCAGAAGAAAUUGGUCUUGGUCGUAGGUGUUUAAGGGACAAAACCCACCUUCAACGUCUGAAACUAAAAUGGGAUCUAGGGGUUAACCGAGGGAACGGAUUUCGCCAUCUACUUGUAAUGGAUAGUCUUGAGCCCCAUUCUAGCCUAAAAGUACUACUCCUUGUGGGCUACCAAGGUCUCGAGCUUUCUUCUUGGCUCACUUCCACUUCCAUCCGAUUCGAAUGCCUUGUUAAGUUGAGCUUGCAAGAUUGUCACGGAUGCAAAUACAUCUCACAAGAGGAUGCACUCCCAAAGCAGCUCAAGACUCUCGAACUUAUAAGGUUAGAUAGUUUGGAAUGCGUCGCACAAAAUUGUGACAAAGAUGCAGCUUUCUAUAAAACCCUGAUGGAGCUCACAGUUUCGGAUUGCCCUAAACUCAAAAGUUGGUGGCAAGAGGAGAAAGAUGUAAGCGAUAGGCCAUUCUUCGCCAAGAUUUCAAAACUACAUGUCCAUCACUGCCCUCUCCUAACUUGCAUGCCUCUCUAUUUUCAUCUUGAUAAAAAAUCGUCCCUUAAGGUUUCUUUUGGUUCUGGUAUAGAGCUAGUCCUUGUGGGUUCCAGUUUUAAAUUACUGCUGGAUACUAUGUCAAUGGUGGGUUCGAGUUCGACAGUUAACUACUCCAUUCCCCUUGAGAACCUUCACAUUCAAAAUUGCAAUCAUUUAGAGAAUCUGUCUAAUGCUUUCCAGCAUCUGAGCUCACUCCAGCGUCUUACGAUUGAGAACUGUGCCACGAUUAAUCUUGACGACCUAGGCAAAUGGGAGGGUUUGGAAAGCCUUCGUUUUCUGACGAUAAGGAAGAUUCCAGUUUUUAGCUCCUUUUCAUUUGGCCACAAUGUUACCACUCUGCGAGAACUCACCCUUCAUAACUGUCAUGGGUUAACUUCCAUUUCGAAUACCAUAGGCAAACUUACCUUACUUCGGAGACUGCUGAUUUCCAAGUGCAACAACUUGAAGUCGCUGCCAAUAGCAAUGAAAGAACUCAAGUCUCUGAAGACCUUGCUCAUUUUGGACUGCGUCUUGCUACUUCCAAGGUGUCAACCGGAAACCGGCCAUGAUUGGCCACAAAUUUCUCAUAUCAAACAUAUCCAAGUGAAGUGAUAAAGUUUUCUAUUAGCUUGUUCUUGUCCGGGUUGUCUGAAGGGGGAUUGCACGCACGUAUGCUGAAUUCUGUGCUACAUUUCAUGAUAAACCAUCCGAUUGUAAGUUUGUAAGAAGAAAUAGUACUUCCUCAAAAUAUCUUACAAUUUCUUUUAGCUUCAUGGUUCUAAAUUGCGGUUAUGAUCGCGUGGUUGUAGUUACUGCAGUUGUAGCUAUUGUGUCUACUCAAUGCGAAUUAAAAUUGUUGUGGUGUGAAAUUAUUAUACAUUUGCAUGUAUAUAAAUAAAUAAUUAGAUCUCAUUUUCUUUAUUUUUUUCAGUUAUCUCUUUUUCCCUUUAUUAAAAUACAUCAUGUACAUCCCAACCUUCUAACCAAAUGUUAUUAGUUGUCUUUUUUCUUCUCUUAAUAUCUCAU